AUGGAAUUGCAGCAGAUUAAAAAGUUCCAUGGGUUCUGCAUGUAUGGGCCAGAGGCAUUUUGUGCAAUCUGUUUGAGGUUCAUGUAUCCAGAGGAAGUAAAGAUGUAUCAUCGAAGCAAUAUGAGAUUCCCUUGUGAGGAUUGGGGCAGAGCACCUUUGACCACUUGGCCUGUAAAAUGGAUUGAAUUAGACAGCAUGUAUCCGUACAACUUCACCAAGUUCAAUUUGGAUGGUCCAAUUGUGUGUGUAGAGUGUUCAAAAUUGGAUCCUCCUUUUAAAAAGUCGUUGAAGUAUCCAGGAGACAUACCCGUAUCAGUGGCAAGUCUCAAUUACCGAGAAAAGUCAAUGGUAUCACCUAUCAAACUGAUGACACAAAUUACACGGAAAUCCACCAUCACAACUGGCCGAAUUGGACAUUAUGAAAUGAAAGGAUAUUUGGCGUUGAAAAGCAAUUAUGAAUUUGCUUCUGUGGUGUAUGGAGGAAUGAUUGGGCUUCCAUAUCGUAGAGGAUUGCAACACGUAGAUAUUGAUAAAGUGAAAAAGGCAUACAUGGAUUUGUGCCAAGUAAAUCCAUUGUUAAGCCAGUGUAUGUUGGAUAUGGACAAAGCAGCAGAGACAGUCGAAUAUCAUGUGCGGGAAAACAAAAAGUUCAUUGAUAUGCAGAAUUGGAGAGAUAACAUAUUGAUGCCGACGGAAAAUGUGUCUCCAAUGGCUGCACAAGUGCCGUUUAAUGAUUUGGUUAUUGGGAGAUUACAUGACCAAGCUAUCUCGAUGGGUCAUCCAAGUCUGAUGAUGUUGUUGUUUCCUUAUCUUUUUGUGAAUGGUACUGGACACUAUUCCAUGGUCAAUGACAAGGAUCUUGAGGUUUAUAUCGAUAACCAAGUCAUUAGUGAAGAACGAGGUGGUGUGGCUUCAUCAAGACAACACUAUACAUUUGGUAGAUAUUCGAAGCAGCAAUUGUUAAAUGUGGAUCGUCGGUUUGCUCGUGACCCCGCAUUCUUCUUCUGGUGCUUUGAUUAUAAAGAAGAAAUGAAUAUCCAUUCUGCUAAACGACAUACAGUUCGUUCAAGUGGCCGUGAUUUGACAAAGAAUGACUUGGUUGAUGGGGAUGGAUAUUACAAGUACUCAAAUGUGACAAUUGUACCUCAUAACAUUAUUACUUCUAGUUAUGCUUACAAACGCUCGCAUUACUUGGAUUUGAAGACAAUGUGCGAUAAUCUUGGUGCUCCUCAGUUGUUUUUGACCUUUUCCUGUGAUGAUUCAGCUGCAUUUCUUAAAAGUGGAAUAGGAUUGAAGGAGACAUGGAGAGAUCCGGUGAUGUUUGCAAGCCUCUUUCAACGAAAGUGGAAGAAGUUUUUGAGGGUGUUGCACAAGCAUUUUGGGCCGACGGUUGGUGGCAUUACAGAUUGGUGCUAUGUUCUUGAGAUUCAAGACCGUGGAAGUCCUCACAUGCAUAUGGUUUUAUGGACAAAGAAGUCGGCAGAUGAAUUGCUAUCAGAUGACUCUGUGGUCUGUGCUCGUUUUCCUCCGAUCAACAGUCCUUUCCACAACAAGUUUCCGAUGUGUCUCAUUUUGAUGAAGAUGAUCAUGCUAUUUACAAGAGAGGAGCUGCUGUAUGUUCCUGGUGUUAUCGGUGUUCCUGAUUAUGAAUCUGAAUCAGAGUUUGGAUCUGCAUCUGGAUUUAAAUUGACACGGUUGACCGCUGGUGAUAAAGUGAAUAUCAAAGCAAAGUAUGAUGGUUUAGAUGUGAGGAAAAUGCGGAAAUUGUCAACAGGUACUGUUGCCGAAGAAAAGAUGAGAGAACGGGCAUUAAAAGAAGAUUAUGAGCAUUUGUUGUCACGACAAAAAUCUGGUCGUAAAAUGGAUCAUUUAUUUUUGUAUAAAAAUAAUGAGCUGGGAUGCGGCGAAUGUGGUUUAGUUGGAGGUGUGAAUACCACAAAAGAGCUCUCUGAUGCCAACUUUAAAAUGCCAAGAGUGAUGAGAGAUAUGUUGAUAAAGUUGGUGGGUUUAUCGCCGGCUUUGAAGAGAGAUCUUGUAAUUACAGGAUUUUAUAUUGGAGAAAUGAAAUUGAAGAUGGUGGUGUUGGAUAGCCCUUGUGGUUAUGUAACAAGAUAUGAUGUUAUGAAUGAUUCGUUGUAUCCUGAAGAUAAAUGCCAGCUGUAUCGAAAAUUGUCUGUUGUUGUUCGAGUUAUUGUUGGUGCUAGAAAGUUGAUGGAGCAAACUGCGUUCAAGCUGAUGAAUGAUACAACAGAAAUUUCGGUUGGAAAACAUCAAGUAGAACAUAUGAUACCUAGUUUUAUAUCUAAUUCUAGUAAUAAGAAGCGUAAGCAAGAAUUGUAA